GGGCGGGCAUACCUGGAUCCCGAGGUUCCAGCUAAGUUUACUCCGCAGGCUCUGGCAUCCUUCAAGCGCCAGCAGGAGCAGGGCUUCCAGGAGCAAAGCGCCCUGGCGGCCGAGGCCCGCGAGACCCGCCGCCAGGAGCUCCUGGAGAAGAUCGCAGAGGGCCAGGCGGCCAAGAAGCAGAAGCUGGACCGGGGAUCCGGGACCAGCGAGAGCCAGGAGGCCCGUGAGAACCCAGCAGCCGUGGAGGAUGAGGCCGGUGCGAGCCAGGCUUCUGGAGAGCAGGAGGAAGCCGGCUCCUCCUGUCCCCAACCAGGGCCUUCUGAGGGGGCCGCCCCCUUGCCCAGGUCUGCCCUGCUCGUCCAGCUGGCCACGGCUAGGCCUCGACCCAUCAAGGCCAGGCCCCUGGACUGGAGGGUGCAGUCCAAGGACUGGCCCCACGCCGGCCGCCCGGCCCAUGAGCUGCGCUACAGCAUCUACAGAGACCUGUGGGAGCGAGGCUUCUUCCUCAGCGCGGCUGGCAAGUUCGGGGGCGACUUCCUGGUCUAUCCUGGUGAGUUUGGCCCGGGGCCUCUGGUUGCUGGCCCUUUCUUCACAGGCCCACCACAAUUCUGCAUUUUUCUUUUUUUUGGUCUCAUUUUCUCAGCGUCUGAAACACAUGGAA